AUGAGUGAUGACAUUCAAAAAGUUAAAAGGGCAAUAGCUCAAAAUCAUGCAGUUGUAUUUGUUGGUACAGAUGUGUCUCGUUAUACCACAAAUGGUGAACAAGAUUUUGCUACUUGGAUUGGUUUAUUAAAAAGUGGACUUCAAAGAUGUUACCAGUUCGGAUUGAUUGGCGAUAGAGAUCUUGAUGACAUCAUUAAAACAUUCGACAGUCAUGAAGCGAUAGUUGAUGAUUACUUGAGUGCUGCUGAUCGAAUUGAAGAUUGUUUCAAGAAGGAGAAUGAUAAAACAAACAAUGAUGUUUAUAAUGUAUGGUUGAAAGACACUGUAGGAAAGCUAAUACCUAAAAGAUCCGAACUUAUUGAAGCCAUAGGAGAAUUGGGAUGUCCAGUCUUAACAACCAACUAUGACGGACUUCUAGGAGAUAUAUUGAAGAAAAAACCAUUAACUUGGAAUAAAUACAAAGCCGAUGGUAUCGGUGAUUCGUUUGAGGAAAUGAAAAACUUUGUUUUACAUGUACAUGGAUAUUAUAAAGAAACCGAAAGUAUAAUUUUUAGUAGGAGCAAUUACAAAAAAAUCCUCGAUGACGAAUUUGCACAGUCGAAAUUGAAAGCACUUCUGGAAGCAAAAAUUGUUUUAUUUAUUGGCUAUGGUGGUGAAAUGACUGAUCCGAAUUUUUGGAACUUGUUACAAUGGAAAUUUCGAGUAGCAAGCCAAAAGCCUCUUUCAAUAUAUAAACUUGUUAAAUCAAAUAGAGAUACAAUGUUAAAUCAAGCUUUUGAUGUUUCGUUUUCAGAAAAUAUAACAGAGCUUCAUUACGGUGAGAGUUAUGCAGAUUUAUUAAAAUUUAUUAAGAGUCUGAAAUCAUUUACUCCACUAUUAUAUGAAAGUUUAUCAUUAAUAGAAGAAAAACAAAUUAUUCGUAAAAAGUAUCUGAAUUUCCUUACUAAAGAACAUGGAUAUGUAUCAAUAUUUGGAUAUUCUAAAACAAACAUUAGUUUACCUUUAGAAAGUGUUUAUGUCGAAUUAAAAUUUGAUCCAACACAUCCAUCUAUUAAAGCAAUGAAAAUUCUCGAAAUUUCUGAAGAAUUUAAACGUAAACUUUUAUCUCAUGGAUUUUUCGAUGAGAAUGAAAUUAAAAAAAUAUUUAGAGCUAUCAUGGAAGUAAACACGUAUAACCCUCAAAAUAUUUAUCGAGACUUUAUGAUUGAUCAGUGGUUGAAUGUUCUUUUAAGUAAUCAGAACAUAUUUACUAAAGACGAGGCUGCUUCGAUCAAAAAUAAAAUUAAUCGAUUAAAAUAUAGUAUUUUGGAAAAAUCUAAUGUUAAAGAAGCAAAACAAUAUCAUAUACAACAAGCUUACAACAAAUUUAGACAUUGUAUAAUCCUAGGCCAUCCUGGUUCAGGUAAAACGACCUUAUCGAAAUGGUUAGUAAUCAAUAUGGCUAAGCAAUGUCUAGGUGAGAAAAAUAUGUUAUUUGAUAGUAGUUGUUCUACUGAACAAAAACUACCAAUUCUUAUACCAAUAUGGAAAUACGUUGAUCAAUUAAAAGAAAAUCACAAUGAACAAAAGAAAACUUUGCUUCAAUUCAUCUAUGAAAAUCAUACUUUGGAUUCAAAUUAUUUCAACGAUGAAGAACGCAAAGUACUAUCAUCUUUGAUAAUACAAUCAUUGGUGCAAGGCAAUGUUUUAGUUAUUUUCGAGGGAUUAGACGAAGUUCCUGUUCAUAUAGAUCGGUCUGGUUUAAUGAAAGAAAUCAACGAUUUAUUAGAACGAGGAAUAGAUUAUGAUGCAAAACUGGACAAACUUUCUUAUUCAAUUUAUGAACGAAAAGAAAUAAAUAGUAUUCAAGAUCCCACUAUAGGUAACCGAUUUAUUAUUACAAGUCGUAUUGAAGGAAAUUAUUUCGAACAAAUCAAUUAUUAUAUACCUAGACUAACAAUUGAAGACAUGUCUAAUGAAUCUCUCAAAUUAUUUUGUAACUCUUACAUGGAAUGUAUUAAAGAAAAUUCUAUCAAAGAUGGAAAACAUAUAAAAGAAUACAAAACUGAUCAAUUAUAUAAUGAUAUUGCAAAAAAUAAAGAUAUUUUUCAAUUAGCAAUUAAUCCACAGUUAGCUAGUGUAAUUGCUGCCAUUUACAAUCAGUACGAAGAUAAAUUACCCGAAAAAAGAAUUGAUUUAUAUGAAAAAGCAAUAGAAAAGAUGAUUGAACGAUUGAUUAACUCUUCCAGUAGUUCUUCGACAAACUAUUUAAAUAAAGAACUUGGACUAAAUGCUACUAUAUUAUGGUCCAUAAUGCAAGAAAUAGCUGAAUAUUUACAUAGCAAAGUGGAAGGUUUAGCAGAGAAUAUUUUGAAAGAAAUCAUAAGAAAAUGCGUAGUUGAUUAUCAGAAACAAUCAACGAAAGACUCUCUAAUAAACAUUGAUGAUUCGAUUUUAAAACUUGUUAAUGUAUUUAAAUACCAAGCAGGGUUAUUGAAUGAAUUUGGUUACAACAGUUUUCGAUUCAUACAUCGUACGUUUCAAGAAUAUCUUGCAGCAAAAAGUAUUAUCUAUUUCAAUGGAAUGGAACGAAAUGAAGACAUGAUUUUGAAAAAUAUCAAAGAGAAAAUUGCUAACCCGAAUUGGAGAGUUCCUCUUAGCAUGACAUUUGGAAUAUUGAGUAAAUUAACUGAGUGUAGUGAAUUAUUUAGCAAUAUCAUUGAAAAAUUAUUCGACGAUGAACAAAUUUCAUCGAAUACACAAUUUUCUACGUCUCUGAUACCGUAUAUAAUCAUCGAUUCAUUGAAUGAUAUGCAUUUUUCAACAAAAGAUACAGAAUAUGUAUUGAUUCGAAGAUUAUUAGAACUGUUAUUAGUUGAUUAUAAAAAUAUGUAUGGUUUUUCAAGAUUAAAAGAACAUCAAGAAUUGAUACAAUCAUAUUUUUCAAAAUUGAAAACAGGUUACGAAAGUUUGGUUCUUGAAUGGUUUUUAGAGAAAAUAAAUCAAGACGAAAAUAUUGCUCCGUGUGCCAAUAUCAUUUAUCAACUUCAAUGGUAUGAUCCAAAAUUUCAUGAAAUAUUUUUAAAAAAUUUGGAUCAUGAUUCCGUGAUUUGGAAUUGGUCGGUGGAUUCUAUUUUACGAUUUUAUUCAUACAGUGUAGAAGAUGAGUCCAUGAUGAUCCAAUUAAAAUUCAAAAAUACAUUAGAAAAAAAUUCAGACGCUGUUCAGCAUAUAAUGAAGUACAUUGAUUGGUUAUGUAUUAUUAUAGCUCUUUACGGUGGAUAUAAAAAUUACAACACUCCAACAAGUAUUCGAGAACAUCUCGAAAUCACUCAGUUUCUUAGCUUAAGUGAGAACGAAAGGGUACCAUUUCUCUUUUAUUAUCAAGAAGUAUGGGGUCGCGAUGAUCCAGUCUAUAGGAUGGCUGUGCGUGCCGAUACAGUUAGAUCUGAGAAACGUUGGAGUGAAAAGCCAAUAUUUGAUAAGAAUGAAAUCUAUAAGGAGUCGUAUCUAACAACCAAAAUUCUCGAAUUACUUGUUGAAGAAAAAUCUGCAACAAACUUAAUAGAAUACUUGAGAAUGCAAGUACAUGGUCAACGAUUGUCAACUGGUGAAAAAAUAGACACAUUGAUUUUAUUAAUGGUUUUAGGAGACUUCGAUAUUAUAAACACUGUUAUAAACGAAAGAGAGGAAAUGUUUAUAAAAAAAUUUGGAAAUAGAGUAGAACAAUUGAUUUGCAGCUUGAAAGAUCCAAUUGCAAGGUGUUCUUCACAAGUUCCAAACUAUUUACUUACAGCUUAUAAUAGUAUGAAAGCAAAACAAUUGAAAUACAGUAUUGGUUUUUCUGAUUAUUGCAAAAUAUAUUUAUCUUUAAUAGCCAAUGGUGGAGGCCUACCUAUCGACACUACGAAACUAGCUGAAGCAAUGGAUAAUGCUGAAGAUAAGUAUGCUCUAUAUGCAGAAUAUUUUGCCUUUAAAUUCACUGGUGCUGAUGAUGAUAAACGAUAUAAUGUUGCAGUGAUAUUAGAUAAUAUGAAAACAUACGAAACUGAUGAAAUUAUAAAGUCAUUUGUAAAGAUUAGUGAUUCUGUUCAAAUUUAUACACCAGUUCGGUCAUAUUUGUGGCCUAUGGAUAUUUUUACUUUCAAAUCGAAUAACGAUGAUGAUUUACCGAUAGCAUUUCUCAAUUGUUUGGAGAACAUCCAUAAUAAUAUUGCCUUCGCAGUAGAUAUUAUUUCUAAUUUUUUGUUUCAGAAAGGAUAUUUUGAGAAAAAUCCCGACUUGAUUACAUUAAUAGUGUUAUUAAACUUUGGCACUAUGUCAAAAGGUGUCGACUAUCUAGAGCUUUGUAAUCGUUUGCUUCCUGAGCUGACACAUAAGACGAAUAUUAGAGAAUUUUUACUUCAAAAAAUUCAAUCAAUCGGCAGCUCGUAUUAUAGAUCAAGAGCAUUAAGUCAAUUAGCACAAUUCUAUGAUGAGAAGAGUUAUGAGCUUUUGAAUGAAUCUUUUAAACUUACAAAAACUAUUCAAGAACCAAGUUUUAAGUUUCAAGUUUUGGAAAAGAUUUUUAGUAUUACUCAUUACAAAGAAGUUAAACAGAACUCGUUUAUCCAGGAAAUACUCGAAGAGCUAGUUUUAUCAUUUGAUAGUAUUUGUGAUCAUUAUGAUCGAGUUGUUGCAUCGAUAAGAUUAUCGUUUUAUGGAUCAGGAGAUUUCCGAAAAAAGUAUUUGACAAAUGCUAUAGAAACACUUGGUAAGAUGAAUGAAGAUGAAGAGCAAAUGAAAUUAAUAAUAAAAUUAAAACCAUUAAUUGCUAUUUAUGAUGAUCUUCAAAUUACUCUGAAUGGAAUUAUAGAAAAUCUAAAAAACAAAAUAUCUAAGUAUUAUAUUGAUUCUCACUAUGGGCGAAUAUUGUUUACUGAAAAAUUAAAUGUUGAUAUUUACAACUUAACUUUGACAAUGAAUACAAAGGUCAAAAAUUAUAUUGAGAGAGAGGAAAAUGAUGAUUUUACAGUAUACAAUGAUAAUGAUAGCAAAACAAAUGACGAUCUUCCUGAAUGCAAUAUUAGUGAUAGUAAACAAAAUGAUUAUUUCCUCGAACGGGAUGAGAGUGAUAGCGAGAAAGAUGACGAUCUUCCAAAAUGGAGAAAUAAUUAUGAUAAAAAAAUUGUAGAUGAUUCCAAUCAUACUAAUAUUCAAGCUCUAUUUAUGCUCUUCGCACAACUUAAUGAUAUUAAAUUAACAUUUGGCAAAUCAAACAGCGUCAACCAAUUAUGGAUUAAUCUCUAUAGAGAUACCAAUAAUCAGUCAAAUAUUGAACAUUUACUAAAAGUAGCUUUAGAUAGUGAAUUAUUUUUGACACCACAAGUAGCAAUUAUUAUUGAUGAAUUAGUACGAAAAGGACAAGAAGAUAGAAUAUCAAUUCUUUUUCCAUACAUAACAAAACCAUCAAAUGAAGUGUUACCGAUUGUUCAUAGAUGGUUCACUGAUUAUAGUGACAGUCAAAUAGAAAAGUUAGCAGCUCUUUUACUUACAGAGGCAAAGUACGUUUUCGAAGCUGGACUCGAUACAAUUAUAGAUUUAUUGAAAAGUGACAAUGAUCAAAUUAGAUAUAGAGCCCAGCGAGUUUUCCAGCAUCCAGAACGAGAUGUCAUUGAACCAAGCAAAAGAAUAUCUGUCAUUGGAGAAAAAACAUUAAUGAAAAUUCUACAAAACAGAUUUUUGCAACCUUAUCUUCCACGAGUUCAAACUUAUCUUGCUACGUUUUUCUUCGACCUUCUUUGGGAUGAUUCUAGUGUAUUUCAAAAUCUUUAUGAAGAUGCCACAAAAUUACAACAAAGGCAAUCUAUUGGUGGAAAAGAAAUGAAAUUUUUUAAUAAUAUUCGUUUUAUAAAUAAUAAUAUCUGGAGUUCAAUACUGAAAACAUUGCAAUCACCAUCACAUCCAUCGUAUGUGGAAGAAAUAUUCCGUUCAACAAUGAAGCUUAUACGCAAUGAUCAAAUUGCAGAAGACGACUGGAAUGAAUUCGCACAAAUACUAUCGGCUACAGAUUCAAGUCAAUUCCAAGACAGAUUAUAUUUCAAAGAAAAUGACAUUGCAUCCAUUAGAUUUAUUUUGCAAACAGUUUGCGGCUUGACAAACACAAAUGAUGAAGCAUAUUUUCAACUUCUUGAUUCAAAGAUAAUUAGUGAACUAACGGUCAAAACUGAAAGUCUUUCACAACGUAAUUAUGAAUAUAUAAAACGUAUUAGUACGUGUACUUUUUGGACUUCAACACGUGAUUUAAAUCGCGAAAUAUUAAAUCUGUUAGAUGAUUUUCCAAUAACCAUAGAUAUAAUGGAAAGUUUAAUUAAAUGGUUAUUGCAAAAAAUGAAUAAUUUCAGAGGCACUGAUGAUACAAUCUUUUCAAUGAUGCUAUGUGAAAACCUAUUAUGCUUGGUUGCUGUAUGUGCCCAAAAGGACGAUUAUUUAUAUCGAAAAGUUACCAAUGGUCAAGAUUUUCAUAAAGCUCAAAUGAUCAAACUUUUAGAAAAAAUGCUACAUAGUCAUCCGUUUUUUCUGGCAAGAGGUAGUGCCUUUAUUUUAUUGUCAGCACUGGAUAAUUGCGAUCAAAAAGUAAUCAUAAAUGCAAUGAAUGCUUUAUUCGAUGAAAACCUCGUGAAAGAAUAUUCUGUAAUAGGAAUUCCUCUUAUACAAUUAUCGCCAAAUGAAUUUAUCGAUGAUUUAUUAAAAUCUUUAAAGAACGAAAGUGCUAUAAAAGCUUAUGAAAUAUUAAAAAUUUUGACACAGUAUGCUUCGAAUGAAAAAAUUGAUGCACAUACUAAAUCAAAAAUAAUGAAUUAUUUAGCGAAAGAAAUUGGAGAAUUAAAAUCGAAAAGACCAAUUAAUUAUUAUUAUACAGACAUUAAAAUACCGUUUACAACAACAUUGGAAAAUGAAUUAUACAAAACAUGGAUUAAAAUACAAGGACUCUCUGGCAAAGCACAAUAUUAUGCAAAGGUUGAAGCAUCAAAAAAAUGA